AUGCGACUGGGCGGUGUUAACGUCGGUGGAUGUAAUUCUUACAAGAGCAAACUCAACAGAUGGUGGGCAGACGCCAGAAAGCUCGUCGACGCUGCGCUCUUGUAUGCAGAAGAUGAUAGCGUUGAUGGACCCGAAUACCUAUACACCUUUUUUGCGCUAGACCCCCCUCCUGCCGGUGCCGAGGGUAGAGCAACAGUCCGCGCUAGGUUGGGGUUGGUAAAAGAGUUUAUCGGUGGCGAUUCACAACUCCCAACCGGUAAACCCUGGUUAUUCUGCUCGAGCAAGUGGUUGGAGCGUUUGGACUGGGAUGACGUUGCCUACGAUAAGGAGACAGGCGACAAGUUUACAGGUGAUGACGCCAAGAAGGUACGAGAUGUAGUUGAUGAACCAACUCCACCUCCAGGUGAAUCAAACGAGCCAAAAGAAUACCUGAUAGAUGAGGCCGAUGACUAUUGUUCGAAGAAGGUCGACGGAGUUAUCCAGCACUUUGGGGCUACUCACGAGGGUCCCGAGGAAAAGUGGAAACCCGUAACCAUAUGCGUCGAUAACUUGGCAUGGAAUGCUAAAAUGGACCAUCUGGGCCUUGGAAAUGUUAGGACAGCGGGUAAAAGUAUUGUGGAAUACAGAGCACAGUCUAUGACAUUAUUCCACGAACUCUUCCAUGUAGUCCUCGGGAACGCGAAUACCGAGGAGCACGAAAAAAGCUAUGACCUGCCGUAUAUUGCGAGCCCUAGGAAAGAGGAAGGUGAAGAUCCUGGCGAUGAAGAUCAAGACAUCAUUUCCACGCAGGAGGCCUUGUACAACCCCGAAUCCUACACACUAUAUGCUCUUGCUUCCCUUCUUGGACAGAAGAAUGAGCGCUUCACGUUCGCUAGUACAAGGUCGAAGCUCAAGAAGACAGAAGAUCCAAAGGGCAAGGAUGAGAAUAAUGCAGGAUCAGGACGCGCUGGCGAUCGAAAGAGGAUGAUGAGGGUUUGA